AUGAGUCAGGGAAACCUCCAGGCUGUCCACGAACUGGUCCCCUCACCGAAAGGCAGUGACAACCACCUUUUUUCCCUCUGCCGAGUGCUGAUUGGUCUUGCCAGUCGAGGGGACGCCUGUAAUGGAAGCGGCUAUGAGGAUGGUCGAAAACGCACACACAUACACAUUCAUACAGCUCCACUACGCACAGCAAAUGCACAUGCAUACACAGUUAAGCACUCAGUAGUAAAGACACAUGACAGAGUGGUUCCGCUGCGAUCGGAUAGGUUAAGAGGACUCGGGUGA